GGCUGGCAUAUGCACUUGGAGAGAGGUCAGGCGGUGAACCAUGAGCGCGGUGGAGAUCCCCGCUGGUCUGAAGGAGCUGCUGCAGAGAUACACCGUGGAGGUGCUUCGAAACAAACCUCCCAACUUGGUGGAGUUUGCAGUGCAACAUUUCACUCAGAUCCUGGAGAGCCAGAGGAAGGAGCAGCGGGAGAAGAAACGUGGCAGCAGGAACAUCCGCAGAGGGGUGUCUUUUGAUGAGCACUCGGAGAAGCCUCCGGAGAACCAGCGCGAGCAGCCCGACAAAUCCACCAGUGGGAAGUACAACCGCAGGGUCUCAGUCUGUGCAGAGCCUUACAACCCCGACGACGACGAAGACGAUGACACCGAGCCUCGGAUCGUUCAUCCCAAAACCGACGGGCAGCGCCGCAGGCUGCAGGAGGCCUGCAGAGACAUUCUGCUCUUCAAAACGCUGGAGCAGGAGCAGUUCUCAGAGGUGCUGGAUGCCAUGUUUGAGGUUCAGGUGGAGCCUCAAGAGCACAUCAUCGACCAAGGAGAUGAUGGAGACAACUUCUACGUCAUCGAGAAGGGGGUGUACGAUAUUUUGGUGCAGAAAGAUGGAGCCAAUGUGUGUGUGGGUAAGUACGACAACAAGGGAAGUUUCGGAGAGCUGGCGCUCAUGUACAACACUCCGAGAGCCGCCACCAUCGUCGCCACCCAGGAGGGAGCUCUCUGGGCCUUGGAUCGUGCAACGUUCCACAGACUGAUAGUCAAGAACAACGCAAAGAAGAGGCGCAUGUACGAGGCCUUCAUCGACUGCGUGCCGCUGCUGAAGUCUCUGGAGAUUUCAGAGAGGAUGAAGAUCGUGGACGUCUUGGGAGCACGAGGGUUCAAAGAUGGAGAGAGGAUUAUAGCUCAGGGAGAGACGGCCGAGUGCUUCUACAUCGUGGAGUCUGGAGAGGUGAGGAUCAUGAUCAAAAGCAAGACAAAAGAGGAGCAGCAGGACAACACCGAGGUGGAGGUGGCCAGGUGCUCCAGGGGACAGUAUUUCGGGGAGCUGGCGCUUGUCACAAACAGGCCUCGGGCAGCGUCGGUUUAUGCUGUUGGAGAAACCAAGUGUUUAGUGAUCGACAUCCAAGCGUUUGAGCGUCUGCUGGGUCCCUGUAUGGACAUCAUGAAGAGGAACAUCUCCCAGUAUGAAGACCAGCUGGUGGCGCUGUUUGGCUCCAGUGUAGAUCUGAAACAUUAAGAUGAUGUCGUGCUUGUGCAGGGAGCAUCUAGAAUUUCCCACAAAGUUUUUAUGUGACCAAAUUGAUCUCAACUGGAAAACAUCCCACUCUUGUCAUAUGUUGUACUUUGGUGGUAAAGUCUCAUUACACAUGGACGUCUUUGUACAUCUGACCUCAGCCCUCGCCUGCAAUUCGCUCUUCCCUAAAACUCUCACUUAAAUAAAUGG